GCCCCAGAAACCCAAAUCCGCCGUGUGGGCCCCACGACCCCACCCUCCAUACAUACACGCACGCCAGCACCGCUCCACUUCGCUCGAACCCCUCUUCCUCCUCUCCCCCCCUACCCACACCACUCCGCCUCGUUUCCAUCGCCACCACCCUCUCCUCAACCCCACCUGGCCGCCGCCGCCGUCAUGCAGAGCCUCCUCCUCCCGACCGCCUCCGCUGCCGCGGCCCCGGCGGCGGCGACGCGGCGGGGCCGUUUCCCCGGGCGCGUCUCCGUCCGCGCCUCCGCGACGGCGGCGGCCCCGCGGCGGGAGACGGAUCCCAAGAAGCGGGUGGUGAUCACGGGCAUGGGGCUGGUCUCCGUCUUCGGGAACGACGUCGACGCCUACUACGACCGCCUGCUCGCCGGGGAGAGCGGCAUCGGCCUCAUCGACCGCUUCGAUGCGUCCAAGUUCCCCACCCGAUUCGCCGGCCAGAUCCGGGGCUUCUCCUCCGAGGGCUACAUCGACGGCAAGAAUGAUCGCCGCCUCGACGACUGCCUCCGCUACUGCAUCGUCAGCGGCAAGAAGGCUCUCGAGGCCGCCGGACUCCCGCAGGGCUCCAGGCCCAUGGAAAAGAUUGACAAGGCCCGGGCUGGCGUGCUUGUGGGUACCGGUAUGGGUGGCCUCACAGUGUUUUCUGAUGGUGUUCAGAAUCUUAUUGAGAAGGGGCACAGAAAAAUAACUCCUUUCUUCAUCCCGUAUGCUAUAACAAACAUGGGAUCUGCUCUGCUUGGAAUGGACAUUGGUUUCAUGGGUCCAAACUACUCCAUCUCAACUGCCUGUGCUACCUCGAACUACUGUUUCUAUGCUGCAGCGAAUCAUAUUCGCAGAGGCGAAGCUGAUAUAAUGGUUGCUGGUGGCACUGAAGCCGCGAUCAUUCCAAUUGGUGUUGGUGGGUUUGUUGCAUGUAGAGCACUGUCACAGAGGAAUGAUGAUCCUAAGACAGCAUCCAGGCCUUGGGACAAGGACCGUGAUGGUUUUGUCAUGGGUGAAGGAGCUGGAGUACUGGUCAUGGAGAGCCUAGAGCAUGCAAUGAAACGUGAUGCUCCGAUUAUUGCGGAGUAUUUAGGAGGUGCUGUGAACUGUGAUGCUUACCAUAUGACUGACCCAAGAUCUGAUGGUCUUGGUGUUUCAUCAUGCAUUAAGCAAAGUCUUGAAGAUGCUGGUGUGGCGCCAGAGGAGGUCAAUUACAUCAAUGCUCAUGCCACAUCCACCCUUGCUGGUGAUCUGGCAGAGGUGAAUGCUAUCAAGCAAGUCUUUAAGGACCCAUCUGGGAUAAAAAUAAAUGCAACCAAGUCCAUGAUAGGACAUUGCCUUGGCGCAGCAGGCGGUUUGGAAGCCAUUGCUACUAUUAAAGCGAUAAAUACUGGAUGGGUGCAUCCAAGCAUAAACCAAUUUAACCCAGAGGAAGCUGUUGAAUUUGACACAGUACCUAAUGUAAAAAAGCAGCAUGAAGUGAACGUUGGUAUCUCUAAUUCAUUUGGAUUUGGAGGACACAAUUCGGUGGUAGUAUUUGCACCAUUUAAGCCAUAAUGUGUUACUUGCUUCACAAAUCUUGGUCAGAACAGCGAAGGUCUUUCUAGGAAUUUCUUUGGGAGAAGCAACUUCUGAUUUGAUAGCCGGCGAGUUACAAAUGAACUGAGAACUGAAAUCCAUUGCAUUUUAGAUAAGUCCAUGUUCAGUUAGAUUGAGAGCGGCUGUAUAACGUUGUUUUGCAUCAUUUGUAAUUGGUUGUACUUUUUUUUUCAUGUAAUGGAAGAAGAGGAAAUUUCUAGAAUUGUUCUGUAGAAGCACAUUUGGACCUUCUAGUUCAAUACCAUACAAAUGUAUUGGAGGCCAGGAAUUGUAUCUUGUCUGUACUACUGGAUCUUGACAGUUCUAUACAAUCGCAUUUUUUUUU